ACGCGUGAGCAGUGAGAGAUCACCAUACCGCCCACAUUCUCAUUCCCGGCUCAGUUUCAGAGAGGGCAGUCAGACCACCACACUUGCAGGAGACCAAAUACUAUAUUAUAACACUAGGCUACGACGCGCGAACGAACUCUCCUGCAUAUUAAGUUCAAAUGGCGGCAGUUACACAAAAAUGAUUGCUACUAGAAGAAACACUCUAAUCGACCAAAUCCAAUUACAGAGAAUUGGAACUGAGAGGGCGCUUGGGCGUCUGGAGUCCAUCAGUUCCACUAUAAUGGAUACGCACGGGAACCAAAACGUGAGGUGACUCUCGGAAUGAACUACACAAACUUGCAAGGACAAGUGGCCAACGUCAAACCUCAUUAUCAGCCCAGCGCGCAAUCCUUGCGGCUCAUCAUUCUGCUGAUCCUAGUCAUGGGGGUGGCCCCAUCCCCAGCUCUAACAGCGGGAUGCCCGGCACGAUGCAUAUGCGAUGACCAGCUGGUGGUCCAGUGCGCCGGGCAGCACCUCACCGCCUUCCCCACUGACCUGCCGCUGGCCACUCGGCAGCUCAUCAUCUCCAACAAUCGCAUCGUGGAGCUGCCGCCGUUGCAGCUCAACUACCUGUCGGACUUGGUGUACUUGGACUGUAGCAACAAUUCCCUGACGGAGAUUUCUAUGUCCACAUUCGGGAACCUGGGGAAGCUUGCUUACCUGGACUUGUCCUUCAACACCUUAACGCGGAUAGAGGACAGGACGUUCGGGCCGCUCUCCAGCCUCGUGAUGCUGAGAAUGACGGACAACCCCGGCCUGUCGGAUAUUCACCCGGACGCUUUCGCAAAGAACUCGGCGCUGCAGGUGCUGGACGUGAGCCGGAACAACCUGACCGUGCUCAACAUCAGUUCUCUCAUCGCGCUGCCCACCCUGCGCUCGGUCGGCCUCAGCGGGAAUUCCUGGAGCUGCGACUGCGAUAACGAAGACCUCUGUCUCUGGGUUCACAUCGAGGCAUUCAAGUUUCAAGAUGAGGGCCAGACGGUGUGCCGUGGUCCUCCUGACCUGCAGGGGCAGCGUCUGGGUGAGCUGGGGCUGCAGCUGCGGUCGCGGUGCCACCAGGGCCUGGGUUCCUGGGACUACCUGUUCUUCCUCGCCAUCGGCUUCGUUAUCUUUGCGGCAGGAACGGUGUCGGCGUGGGCAAUCGGCGUGGUCAUGGUACUGUACGAACGCUAUGUCAAGAAGAAGAGCGAGCAGAUGGACCCCGAUGACGAGAUUGAGCAGGACGCAGGACCUGGCACGGGGGGCGGAGGUGGUCACCAUGCCAACCCACGAGGUAAUGGGGAUUUGAAAAACACUGGUCACAUGGUGGUAUGACUCCACCCUGUCCCACAGCCUCCCUGCCGACUGUGCCUCGGAACCUACAGAACUACAAAACCUUUGAUGUCAUAAAAUGUCAGAGGUUAAGAAGAAACUACAAAGCAGAGCACACUGGGAUUAAUAAAAUACAGAAGAGAGACAAUGCAGAAAUGUGCCUGAUUUUCAUGGUGAUUGAGAGUUGAAUGGUUAUAGUUCCUUAAAGUCCCAGUGCACAGUUUUGUAUCAUAUUGUACAACAGCUGAUGAACCUAACUUUGUGAAAGUGUGACAAAAUGUGAUCAGUGUUAUUUACUGAUGGUUGAAAAUACAAUCUAAACAGGACCUUCAAAAUCAGCAGGUUUUGCAUGGAUGGAGUUUUGGCUUGCUUGGUGACAUCACCAGGUGGUUAAGUUAUAGACCAAUAACAAAGUGACUUCCAAACCUCUCUGACAAUAGCAGCUAGUUCAGGUUACAUGUCUCUCCCAUUAGGUUCCGCCAAUUAGGCCCCUCAAUCAGACCACUCCCAGACAGUUAUGGCAAAAUUCUUGCUUG